AUGCAUCGGUCGAACUACACUCUGCCCGGCCUUGGGAUCUCAGUGUGUACCUUUGCCCUAAUCAUUGCAGCAUGGCACUUGUUCUUCUCUGGCGACAAAUGGCGCAGCAUACCCCAAAAAGUAGGACUGGGAGAUGUGAUCCAUUCUCCACGGCCUGCAUCAUAUAUGCCAGAUGGCUCUCCACCGCCAUUCAACAUUAGCGCAUUCCUACCGGGGAUUCCUAAAAGCCAAGGAUCAUAUUAUUCGAAGACUCUUGUGAUGGCGAAAACAAAGAGUGAAAAUACUACGUGGACAGAGUCGGAACUUGAGGGUAGCGGAUGGAAUGUUUCCAUCUAUGUGGUCGAUGAUCCCACUGCACCUUUACAUCCACCGAAAAACAAGGGCCAUGAAGCAAUGGUUUAUUUGACUUAUGUUAUUGAUAACUACGAAAAUCUGCCAGAUAUAAUGGCGUUUAUGCAUGCCCACCAAUUCGCAUGGCAUAACGAAGAAAUCUUCGACUUCGACGCAGCCGAAAUGCUGCGGCGUAUAAGCCUCGAACGCGUCACUCGCGAAGGAUACAUGAACAUGCGCUGCAUGUGGUCUCCGGGUUGCCCCAACCACCUCAAACCGGGCGCUAUCGACGAGGACGUCGGCAAAAAGGAAGAACGACUCAUCGCAAAAGCUUGGAGUGAGAUUUUCCCAGAUAUGGCAAUUCCGCAGGUGCUUUCGCAGCCGUGUUGUGCGCAGUUUGCGCUGUCGCGAGAACGGGUACGCACGAUUGCGAGGGAGCGGUUCGUGCAUUAUAGGCAGUGGUUGAUUAAUACGGAUAUGCGGGAUACGAUGUCUGGUAGAGUUUGGGAGUAUAUUUGGCAUUUGGUUUUUACGGGGCAGGAGGUUUCGUGCCCGUCGCAGAAUGCUUGUUUGUGUGAUGGGUAUGGGAUCUGUUUUGGUGGGGAGGAGGAGGUGAAUUAUUACUACCGGACGUUGUGGGGCAUUCGGGACGCGAACGAUGAGCUUAAGAAGUGGCAGGAGAUGGAGGGGACGUUGGAUGAAGACGCUCGUAUACGGUUGAGUUUGGAUGAGAUGGCGGAAGCUGGGCCGUCGCAGGAUGAUAGUCAGGGAAUUUUAUUGACAGCUGAAGUUGAGGAGAUGACUGCUGAGUUGGCAAGGUUAAAGAAAGAGGCGUUGAAGAAGGGCGCUGAUCCGGUUUAUAGAGCGUGGGCUGCUGGACGUCAGUACAAGGCUGGCGACGGAUAUUAA